AUGGCUACGAAAACCGCCCUUCCGCACUUCCACUCCAACACGCCUCUUGAUCCCACGUUUGACCGGGACAUUCGCGACCUGCACCUCAUCUACGACUACGACGCGCAGGACUCCAACGGGCAGCCGGAGAAGUGGCGGUACGAGAUGUGGUUCUUCUCGGACACGCGCAUCGUGUACGCCAUCCACGGGGGGCCCAUGGCCGGGCGCGUCAACUACCAGACGGCCACGUACCAGUGCAUCCGGCCGGGCGAGCUCUGGCAGUGCAACUGGCUCGAGGAGACGGGCACCAUCUGCUCGCUGGUGUACGACCUGGGGCGGCAGAAAAUCACCACGCUGCUCGGCUUCUCGCAGGGCCACUGGGAGAAUGCGGCGGCGGCGCACGGCGACAAGCGCAACCCGGCGGACGCGGAGCGCUGGCGCCAGCUCGCCAAGAUUGGCACGCAGACGGACCGGUUCAUGCUCUCGGAGCAGGCGACGAUUUUGCGCACGUUUAAGGGGGCGGGCGAUUUGCAGCCGAUAGAGGCAGAUGCGCCGACGUUUUAG